AUGCCAAAAACCCCACAAGCGUUGCCAAAGCAGAAUCAAGUUCUUGAAGGUUCAGGCUUUGGAUGGGAUCCUAUCAUGAAAAGAUUUGUGGCUUCUAACGAAGGGCAUCCAAAUCAUAAGUUCUUAUGUUAUGACUCUAGUGAAAAGUUUGAUGAUUUGAAAAUCAUAUUUGAUUGUGCAACUGCUAAUGAUAGUUCUUCAAUUGGCUUGGGUGAUACCACGGAUGCUUGUGUCUUCACGGUUGAUGACAGUCAAACACAAGAAAAAUUGAAUUUUGAAGACAUCAAUGAUGAUGUUUAUGUUCAGCAACCAUCCCCAGAAAAUGUUGUUAAAAGGCGUGUGAAAAAAAUUGUCUCGAGAAAACGAUCUCGAACCAAUGCAUCUAGCAGUUCAGUUGAGAUAAACACUGAUCAAAGUGGUGCCAUGCAGAGAGAAGAAAGACAACAAAAAGAAGUUGAGAAAAGAGAAGCUGAAAAGAAGAAAAAUAGUGUUCCUAAUUUGGAUGGUCGUAUCAAAUUUAAAGCGGUGAUCCUUAUCUACUCCUUAAAAAUGAAAGAUGUCUUCACUGAUAUGUCCAUAGAAGAACGCUAUGGUGUUUUAUCAUGGAGAGCCCCUUUGAAGAAGAAGAACAAACGUAUGAUGAGAUAA